UAAUAGAGCAUUUCUUUAGCCUGCAACACUGGCUGUAUAGUUGAAGGCAACAAAGUCUCAGCAAGCAGUGAGCUUCUAGGGCAUAUACCAGGAUUAAAGCCUUUUCACUUUCAUAAAAGUUCUAAAACUGGAAACAUUCGAAAAGAAUCAAUAGAUUACGCUACAAAUAGUUCGCUCGAAUAUCGCAAAGCUUGUUCGAAAAUGAAGGCAGAGAACAACAAGAAGGACUGGCUCGCAAAUGGCCACGGCGUGUACACACAGUUGUUCGACGAGAAGGAGUUUUUCGAAAUGGCAAGCCAUACGCCCAACAUCGUUGUGCUGUUUUAUCAGACUGGCAACCAGGGCUGCCGCAUCAUGGACUGGCACCUGAAGCUCCUGGCCGCCAAGCAUCUGGAGGCCAAGUUCUGCAAACUGAACAUCGAGAGAGCUGGAUUCCUGCAGAAGCGCCUGCGCAUCGAAGUAAUACCCGAGAUUCUUCUGGUAAAGGACAGCACGACGGCUGACUUUAUUGUCGGCUUCCAGGACGUAAACUUCUCCACGGAGAUGCUCGAAUGUCGCAUCGCCAGAUCUGGAACCAUUUCGUACCAGGGUGAUCUGAGCAAAUCCUCAGACGUUAAACGCAUAUUGGGUUAAAACUUUGCAUAGAAUGUUGCUAAGUAAAUAUCCAAACAAAAACAAUACAAAAAACACCGACACAAAUUAAUCUACAGAACAUAGAUCCAUGUACACCAAUUACAUCUGUAAACCCAACCAGCAUAUGGAUUAUUGUUAAUAAUGUAACUAUUGAAUAAAGAAUCCUCAAUGGGCGAAACU